CUCCCCAGAGCCAAGCCACAUGCACCCAGUAAUCACUCAAAUGGACCUAAUCCACUUUUGAUGAACUUGGUUAAUAGACUUCCUGCUGACAUUAUCAAAGGGAUCCAACUCUAUUCAUUACGUGCACACGACCCUCGCCACGCCCAUAGCAUCCUCACAAGCUCUGGCGUUUGUCAAUAAAUGCACCCCUCACACUCAAAACUUUAAGGGACGGGUCUAGAAAUUCAGUUACACGUCUGCACCGUUGAAUCUAUACCCUAUUCAGGACAAUGCCACGCCGCAAAAGUCUCUUUGUGCCAUUUAUCUCCAGAGACGCAGACACUGGUGCGGAUUUGAAAGUGCAAGCGCAUCGUAUAGACGGUCCACAUGGAGCUCUUGUGCAGACCAGUUGGAUAGAAGAGAGGGCAGAGCGCAGGGGCAAGUGUGACCCGUGCGCUAUUGUGGAGCUCAGAUUGCCAGGGCUCAGAUACAUUGAGCAGGACCGGAGCACCAUCGAUAGAGCGCAAAGGCGUCGCCGUAUGGCUGCAAACUCCCGCGAGAGGAGGAGGAUGCUCGGGCUCAAUGUCGCAUUCGACCGCCUCAGGAGCGUCAUCCCCAACCUGGAGAGCGACAAGAAGCUGUCCAAGUCAGAGACUCUUCAGAUGGCGCAGAUCUACAUCACGACGCUCAGCGAGUUGUUGCAGGACAGGCCCUGCGGCACGGAAUUCAGCACCACUGAACUUGAGAGCACCGAGCAAGUGCGCACGGCCCCAACUGGCAUGCCAACAGUGAACGAUACAGCAGAAGACUCAACUGUUGAGCUACCUGGGCCAGGAACAUACGAUACCGCAUGUAGAGACAGUGGGAAAGUGAUACGUGCGCCCUGCGAAGACCAGAAGACAGAGCUUAGAGGGUUUAUGAACCUGUGGGAGAGAACUAGUGGCACAAAAUAACUGGUUUUGUUUGUGCUUCGUAAUUGUUUAUUUUUUUUCCCAUAAAAAAAACAUGUUGAUUCGUGUUUGAUACCUUAUGUAGAUUAUUUGGCUCAAGUAAAAACACAUUAACAAUUUGG